UCCGAAGAUCUCUUACAGUUCGUGGACGUGGAGUUCCCUCCCGCGAUCUCCUGUACCAAUGGGCUCCGUGGCCUAGCGUUCCCCUUCCUGAGCCAAGUCACCAGUGAUCGCCAGCCGCGGGGCGCCGACGGGCGCCUCAACUGAAGGUUUACAUCAGCCUAAGGAACAAGAACAAGCAACAAUGGCAGCAAUCCCAUCAAGCGGCUCACUUGUAGCAACCCAUGACUACUACAGGCGACGUCUGGGUUCCACUUCCAGCAACAGCUCCUGUGGAAGUGCUGAAUACUCUGGGGAGGUUAUCCCCCACCAUCCAGGUCUUCCCAAGUCAGACCCGGGCCACUGGUGGACUAGCUUCUUCUUUGGAAAAUCAAGCCAUCCCUUCAUGACAACGGUAUUGGAAUCCCCAGAGAAUUCAGGAACUUUCCAGGUGGCUAAUGGCAUGAUCACUUGUGACCUGGCUCAGGAAGCAAUGAGGAAGCACCACAUCAGUGAGCCCAGCAAACCCAGUGCUGGGCCUUCUGUGUGAACAAGUGGCAGACUGCUGCUGCUGCUCGAUGCUUCUGAAACGCUAGGAGUCAGAGCCCAUUUCCCCCCCCCUCCCUCCCUUCCCCCCCCCCUCCUUUCCUUUCCCCUUAGUAUAGACAGGCUGCCUAAGUAGAACUAGUUUGUGUUUUUUUUAUUUUAAAGAAAGCAAAACACCAAAAACACAAAUCAAACUUUUUACUCCCAAGUUAAGAACGAGCUUUCCUAGCAGCCUUGGUAACUUUUUUGUUAAAUUUGUACUCAGUGGAAACUAAUAAAAUUUCAGCAACCUUUUAA